AUGAACGAAGAUAGAGGAGGAGUGGAGGAAGAGAAAGGAGUUGCAGACGCUGAAGAGCUCCAGCUCUCUAAUCUCUAUCACUCUGGUUCACUGGCUCUCAAGCUCUCUCCCUCUCUCGUCUCUGGUCUCUCUGUCUCUGCUCUCGCACUCAAGCUCGUCAUCGCCCUCCGUGUCUCGUCACCGUCUUGUACUCAGUCGCGCGCCUUCCCUUCGAUCGUCAUUGCCGGCGGCAGAAGAAGCAGGUCCUGGGACUGGUCGUCGUUGUCGAUCUCGGUCUUGUCACGUCUUCUUUGCGUUCGUCAUCAACAAAGCUUUCCUUUUAGAUAUUUAUCCAUAUUGCAGAACUUCCCCAUUUUAAAUUUCAAUAAAUGCUUGAAGGCCAAAGGCUUAAGACCUGGCAUGCAGGUUCAUGCCACGUUGCUUACUUCUGGAACCAACAUGAACACUUUCUCUCUGAGUUCAAAGCUUCUUGCUGUGUAUGCUAGUCGUGGUGAUCUUAAAUCAGCAAGGCUUUUGUUCCCGAAAAUUGAGAACCCAAAUGUCUUUGCUUUCAAUUGGAUGGUUCUUGGUUUGGCCUAUAACGGUUACUAUGAUGAUGCACUUUGGUACUUUCGUUCGAUGCUUCAACUUGGUCACUCGGGCAACAAGUUCACCUUUCCCAUUGUUCUUAAGGCCUGCGUUGGGUUAAUGGAUCUGAACAAGGGGAUGCAGAAUCACCAAGACAUGGAAGCAUUGAUGUUGUUUUGGGAGAUGCUAAAUUCAGGGAUUCAACCUAAUGAAAAUGUAUUUGACAACAUUCCAAAUAAGAAUGCUGCAUCAUGGAAUGCAAUGAUUGAUUGCUAUGGGAAAUAUGGGAUGAUUGAUUCCUCCUUGGAGCUGGUUAGAAAAAUGCAAGAGCUAGGUUUGCAGCCAAAUGAAGUUACUUUUACAAGUCUUCUUUCAGCAUGCAGCCAUAGUGGUUCAGUGCAAAAAGGUUUAGAGAUAUUUAGAUUAAUGAAAGAUCAUUACAGGAUUGAGGCAACCUUGGAGCAUUAUGCUUGCGUUGUUGAUCUCUUCUGUCGCUCUGGAAAGAUAGUUGAAGCAAAUUUCUCAAGAUGA